AUGGCAGAUGGUUAUCAGUACCUCCAGCAGCACCUUGGCAACCUCAUCUACGUACAGCCCACACCGAAAAACCCGCUCGCGAACCAAACCCUCCUGAACACGCUCCUCAGCCACGUCUCUCCAAGCUCGCGUCCCGCCUCCAAGUCUCCAGACCUCGGCUCUCAAGCCCGCUCCGCCCAAGGCAUGUACAACUCGGGCCACCAACCGGGGCCCAACUCCCGCCUUAAUGGCGGGCCUUCCGCCUCAUCGCGCGGCAUGCCCAUGCUCUACAGCCACCCCUCCAACCCCUCACACCAGUAUGGCCAUGCCUCGCACCACCAGGGGAUACAACCUGACCACUCUGGCCAUGCUGGGUCCAUGGGUCACGCUUCCGGCUACUCAAGCGGCGUGAUGCCGAACGCCAGCCCAUACACGAACAACAACGUCCCAAAUGGUCACCCUGGUACAACAAGAGGUGGUCAAGCACAACAAAUCAACGAUGAAUGGGCAGCGCAACUGAGGGCGCAUAAGGAUUCGCAGAGAGCACACGGUGCCGUAGUCGACCAGCAUCAAGGGCACUACUUUGCUCGCCUCAAGGCCGCAGAAAAUAGGGGCAUCGGUCCUUCUGUCACCGCAACAUCAACCACAAAUCAAGUCGAAGGUGACGACGAUGCUGGAGUCAGGCGCCCUCACAUGGUCGAGAAAACGGACGAACGGCAGGAUUGGUUCAAUCUCGACAUGAGUGGCCAGGGACUGCGCAACCUAGCGACGCCGUGUUUCAAUUACAGCUUUCUCAAAGAAUUGUACCUUGCCUCGAAUAAUCUGACGCGGAUUCCCGAGGAGUUUGGCCAACUUAGGUGUCUCACACUGCUCGACUUGUCGCACAACCAGAUCCACGAAAUUCCGCCCGAGAUCGGCAUGUGUACCUCGCUUAAGCAGCUGUACCUGUUUGACAAUCAGAUUCGGUCGCUGCCGUACGAACUAGGCCAUCUAUUCAACUUGGAGAUGCUGGGCAUCGAAGGCAACCCGCUGGAGAAUGACCUGAAGCAGGAGAUCAUGGAGAAGGGCACAAAGAGCCUCAUCAGCCUUCUCCGUGAACAAGCACCUGUGCCUCUUCCCCCGAAUCCUAGACCCAUCAUCGUUUUCAACCCAGACAGCCCCCCGACUUUGGAACGCAUCAAAGUCCUGACAUGGAAUAUCCUCUGCGAAAAGUAUUCGACGACGACCAUGUACGGGUACACACCGACUGGGGCCUUGUCCUGGGAAUACCGGAAAGACGCCAUACUCCAGGAAAUACGCGAGCGGGACGCCGACGUUGUGUGUCUGCAGGAGGUAUCGGUGGACGCGAUGAAUGAGGUCUUCAGCCCAGAACUAGCUGCCGACGGCUACAAAGGCGUUCAGUUCUCGCGAUCGAAAGCCAAGAUCAUGGGCGGCAAGGAGGCCAAUGCGGUUGACGGAUGCGCUGUCUUCUACAAGGCGAAGAAGUACAUACUUCUGGACAAGCAGAUGAUCGAUUUCCAGAACAUCGCCAUCAACCGGCCCGACAUGAAGACUCAGCAUGACAUCUUCAACCGUGUCAUGCCCAAGGACAACAUAGGAAUGAUCUGUUUCUUCGAGAGCCGACAGACAGGGUCACGGAUGAUUGUGGCGAACGCCCAUCUCGCAUGGGAGCCCGAGCUGGCCGAUGUCAAGUUAAUUCAGACGGCCAUCUUGAUAGACAGCGUCACCAAGCAUGCCGAGAAGUAUGCACGGUGGCCGGCUUGUCGAGACAAGAAGUUCAUCCAGCUCGCUCAAGAGGGGGAGGAACGUGAGGCUAUGCCCGAACCGGCGCCGUCUCAAGAGUACCGAAACAACACAGAUAUCCCGCUCUUCGUUUGUGGCGAUUACAACUCCACCUACGACAGCUCCGUUUAUGAGCUCCUGUCGAAGGGACGGGUUGAGCCCAACCACCCGGAUUUCGGUGAACGGCAAUAUGGCAACUUUACCCGGGACGGCAUUGAGCAUCCGUUCAACCUGCGGUCCUCUUACUCUCAGCUGAUGCACUCUGCGGACCAAAUGCCCUUUACGAAUUACGUCCCCACUUUCGAAGGGGUCAUCGACUACAUCUGGUAUUCGAGCAACUCGCUAGAGGUGGUGUCCCUGCUGGGACCCCCUGACAUGGAAUAUCUCAAGCGGGUGCCCGGUUUCCCCACGUACCACUUCCCGUCCGACCAUAUGCACCUCAUGGCAGAAGUCGCCAUCAAGGCGAGGAAGGACAAGAAGGUCCUGCCAGAAUCUUCCGAUUUCUCGGGCCGAUGA